GUUGUAGUGCUCGCGAGGCUCAGACUGAAGGGAACGUGCGGAGGUGCCGCGAGGACAGAGACUACAGCGCCCAGACGGCAGCGCGGCCCGUUGGGAUCUGCCCUCUCCUCCCCCCUCUAAUACCUUCUGCCGCGCCAUAGAGCUGCUGCUGCCUAAGCUGGGAUUAGAGGUGACCCUGAGGCAGCGACACAGCCAGACGAGCCACUUCGUCCCGCCAUGUCUGAAGCAAUUAGAGUCCUUGUGACUGGAGCUGCUGGUCAGAUCGCCUAUUCUCUGCUCUACAGCAUAGCCAAGGGUGAUGUCUUUGGCAAAGAACAGCCUCUUGUUCUUAUGCUGCUGGAUAUCACUCCCAUGAUGACUGUGUUGGAUGGAGUAAUGAUGGAACUACAAGACUGUGCCCUUCCACUGCUGAGAGAGGUCAUUGCAACAGACAAAGAGGAGGUUGCAUUUAAAGACCUUGAUGUAGCCAUUCUGGUUGGUUCCAUGCCAAGGAGAGAGGGCAUGGAGAGGAAAGAGCUACUCAAAGCAAAUGUGAAAAUAUUUAAAUCCCAGGGUGCAGCCUUGGACAAGUAUGCCAAGAAGACUGUCAAGGUUGUGGUGGUAGGAAAUCCAGCAAAUACCAACUGCCUGACUGCUUCAAAGUCUGCUCCCUCAAUACCAAAGAAAAACUUCACCUGUCUGACUCGUUUGGACCACAACCGAGCUAAAUCCCAGAUUGCUCUGAAACUUGGUGUAUCUGCUAAUGAUGUGAAGAAUGUCAUCAUCUGGGGGAAUCAUUCCUCCACUCAGUAUCCAGAUGUUAACCAUGCUAAGGUAAAGGUGAAAGGAAAGGAAAUUGGAGUUUAUGAAGCUGUAAAAGACGACAGCUGGCUGAAGGGUGACUUCAUCACGACAGUUCAGCAGCGGGGUGCAGCUGUUAUUAAGGCUAGGAAGCUGUCCAGUGCAAUGUCAGCUGCCAAAGCCAUCUGUGACCAUGUGAGGGACAUCUGGUUUGGCACUCCAGAGGGGGAAUUUGUUUCCAUGGGAGUCAUUUCUGAUGGAAAUUCCUAUGAUAUCCCGGAGGAUUUGCUCUAUUCAUUCCCUGUUGUAAUCAAGGAUAAAACCUGGAACUUUGUUGAAGGUCUUCUAAUUAAUGACUUCUCCCGAGAUAAGAUGGAUCUGACUGCAAAGGAGUUGUUGGAAGAAAAGCAAACUGCUGUGGAGUUUAUUUCCAAUGCAUGACUACAUGAUCAUCAAGAUCUAGAAAAUCCCUUAAAAACUGAAGAGUCUAAAAGUCGUCUAUAAAUCUAGAAACAAAUGCUGUUGCUGUAUUCAAGUUCACUUUGUGGCAGUCCAUUCAUUUUAAAGGUCACAUGCUUCCUGGUACAUUAUAACUAUUAUCUAGAGUUCUUUGCAAUUAAAUAUACAAAUAAUUCAAAAUCUGUUCAGCUUUUUUUGACCAAAACUUGUCAGUUCAGUACUAUGUUUUCUGUAUUAACUGGAGAAUAGUAAAAAUGCAGUCUUGUUUAGAAAUUGGUACUAGUGGCAUUUGAAUUAUUAUAUAAAGAUCAAGAUUCGAGUGGCCUAAUUUUGAAAAGAUAAACAUGCUAAUUCUCCUUAAACUAGUACUUUCCUAUUUUAAAUCCAAAUAGGAAACUAGUUGAUGAAUUCUCAGAGUAUGUACUGUUCACUCUGGUUACACUUUGCUGUGUUUGUAAUAGAAACAUUAAAGGAUGGCUAAUUGCACAAUGGAUACCAA